AGAUUUCGAAGUAAGCAUUUAGUCUCACCCGUCUCGCGCCCGCCAGAGCGUCGUCAAACCAGACAAAACCAGACAGAGUGUCGCUCGCUGGGUCCUGCUGCUCAACGAUUUCGAUUUCAUUUUUUUUUUUUUGCGACUCAGCACGACCAGUACCCGGCUCAACCGUCGCGGGGCGGCGGCAGCAGCGGCGGCGGACCAGCCGGUCACGUGACCGCGCCGCCGUCGGCUGCGCUGUUUCAUUGAUGACCAUAUAUGGUCAUCUGUGUUCUGAUUGGCUGACGGCGGCCGGCCGGCGUCGGCCCAGAUAGUCGCUCGGUGCGCCGGUAAAGCCAAGAGAAAAUUCUUUCCGGUGCUCACUUCUGUGUGGAACGGUGGACAGUGCGGUGCUCGAUUCUAGUCUGUGAUAUUUAUUCGUAACUUAUCUCAGCCAACAUGUGUGACGACGAGGUUGCCGCUCUGGUCGUGGACAAUGGCUCCGGCAUGUGCAAGGCCGGUUUCGCCGGAGACGACGCUCCGCGUGCCGUCUUCCCGUCGAUCGUCGGCCGGCCCCGCCACCAGGGCGUCAUGGUCGGCAUGGGACAGAAGGACUCGUACGUCGGCGACGAGGCCCAGUCCAAGCGUGGUAUCCUCACCCUCAAGUACCCGAUCGAGCACGGCAUCGUCACCAACUGGGACGACAUGGAGAAGAUCUGGCACCACACCUUCUACAACGAGCUGCGUGUCGCGCCCGAGGAGCACCCGGUGCUGCUGACCGAGGCGCCGCUCAACCCCAAGGCCAACCGCGAGAAGAUGACCCAGAUCAUGUUCGAGACGUUCAACACGCCCGCCAUGUACGUGGCCAUCCAGGCUGUGCUGUCGCUGUACGCCUCCGGCCGCACCACCGGCAUCGUGCUCGACUCCGGCGACGGCGUCUCGCACACCGUCCCCAUCUACGAGGGUUACGCUUUGCCUCACGCCAUCCUGCGUCUGGACCUGGCCGGCCGGGACCUGACCGACUACCUGAUGAAGAUCCUCACCGAGCGCGGUUACAGCUUCACCACCACCGCCGAGCGCGAAAUCGUGCGCGACAUCAAGGAGAAGCUCUGCUACGUGGCGCUCGACUUCGAGCAGGAGAUGGCCACCGCGGCCAGCUCGAGCAGCCUGGAGAAGAGCUACGAGCUGCCCGACGGCCAGGUCAUCACCAUCGGCAACGAGCGCUUCCGCUGCCCCGAGGCGCUGUUCCAGCCGUCCUUCCUGGGCAUGGAGUCGUGCGGCAUCCACGAGACCACCUACAACAGCAUCAUGAAGUGCGACGUGGACAUCCGUAAGGACCUGUACGCCAACACGGUGCUGUCGGGCGGCAGCACCAUGUACCCGGGCAUCGCCGACCGCAUGCAGAAGGAGAUCACCGCCCUGGCGCCCAGCACCAUGAAGAUCAAGAUCAUCGCCCCGCCGGAGAGGAAGUACUCUGUCUGGAUCGGCGGCUCGAUCCUGGCCUCGCUGUCCACCUUCCAGCAGAUGUGGAUCUCCAAGCAGGAGUACGACGAGUCUGGCCCCUCCAUUGUCCACCGCAAAUGCUUCUAAGUUUGUGUCUGGUGUGUCUGAGAUUACUUGCAUGUGGAUGGUUCUUAUUUUUAUUGUGAGCGCGAUAUAUUCCAAGAGCUGCAUCCCAUCCGUGAUGACCGAGUGAGCAUUCCGAGUUAUUGGGCGCAUUCCCGCUAGGCGGGCCUCCUGACCUGCUUGCCAGAGCGGUGCACCCCAGGGGCCGUUUGACUGUGUUAUUUAUGUUGUAAAUGCCUUACUUCAGAUCUAUCCCAGCUUCUGACUAGCCUAGGUCUGAGUGAUUCCUCAUGCCACGUAUGGGAGUGCCAGCUGCCAAGUCGAGACGUAUUUCUUUCCAUCGACAAAGCUGGACGUGGACGUUGUUCGGAUGUUUUGCGCUGAGUUGGCCCCAAAUGAGAUGGCCAAUGAAGUCUUUGUAAUACAAACAAAUACGCCGUA